AUGGUGGCCGACCAUGCUAAAGAUGACUUUUUAAAACAUCGUUUUAUAUCCGAUGAACUGAUUGAUGUAACAAAGAAUAUUUAUGAUACAGAUCAAUUAGUUAUCUAUGAUUCACGAAACCCGAUCACGAAACACCGACGUGAGGAAAUCGAGUUUACUUCAAUAAGAAUUAUGCGUCUGCUAAAGAAAAAUAUUGAUCGAGGUUCAGGUAUUAUACAAUUAUUACCGGAAGACAAUGAAGAUAUGUGGCAUGCUUAUAAUUUGAUCCAAAUUGGCGAUGGUUUACGAUCGUCAACGGUAAGAAAAAUUGUUAAUACCUCUGACACUGGUACGUCACAAACAAUGAAAAAACGCACAACAUUAACAAUUGAAGUUGAAGCGAUCGAUUAUGAUUCAUCAGCGUGUGCUUUACGUAUUAAAGGUCGAACAACUGAAGAAAAUGAUUUUGUUAAAAAAGGUUCCUAUCAUACUAUCGAUCUAGAAUUACAUAGUCCAUUUUCAUUAAGAAAAACUGAAUGGGAUACGAUCUCAUUAGAUCGUGUUGACAUGGCCACAGAUCCCGUACAAUCGGCUGAUGUUGCCGCUAUUGUUAUGCACGAAGGCUUUGCAAAUGUUUGUUUAAUCACUCAACAUAUGACAAUAAUUCGACAAAAAAUUGAACAUACUAUACCGAGAAAACGAAAAGGUCUAUGUCAACAACAUGAUCGUGGCAUGGAAAGAUUUUUUGAUUCAAUUAUUCAGGCUAUUUUGAAACAUAUAGAUUUUACCAUCGUUAAAGCAGUCAUAUUGGCAAGUCCUGGCUUCAUUAAAGAUCAGUUUUUUGCCUAUAUGUUAGCAAAAUCAAUAAAAGAGGAUGAAAAACAUUUACUUGAUAAUAAAAAUAAAUUUUUAUUACUACACUCGAGUAACGGUUUUAAACAUGCUCUCAUGGAAAUAUUGCAAGAUCCACAAGUUAUUAAUAAAUUAUCUGAUACAAAAGCAGCCACGGAAAUGAAAUUACUCGAGCAAUUUAUGCAGUUAUUAAAUAAUGAACCAGAUCGUGCUUAUUAUGGUCUGGAAUCAAUUGAAAGAGCAAAUCAAGCACAAGCUAUUGAAUGUUUACUGAUAACAGACGAAUUAUUUCGUAACAUCGACUUUAUUAAACGAAGACGAUAUGUGGAAUUAGUUGAUAGUGUCAAAGAAAGUAGUGGUGAUGUUCGAUUAUUUUCAUCGUUGCAUGCUUCAGGAGAACGGCUUGGACAAUUGACUGGUAUCGCUGCUAUUCUGAGAUUCCCGAUGCCAGAUUUGGAUAACGACGAACAGUUACAUCAUCACGAUCAUGCAGAUAAUAUCACCAUCAACGAUGAUUAUAUUCCAGAAAAUCCGAAUAGAACAGUGAAUCAUAAUAAUUAUUACAGCGGACAGGGAGAUAAAACCUCAAAUUCUGAACAAUCAAACAAACAGGCUACUAACGCGGCGUCGGCUUGGUGA